GCCGCUUUCCUACGCUACAUGCGGCAGCCGAUCAAGCAGGAGUUGAUCUGCAAGUGGAUCGAGGCUGAAGCGGGCGCGCCGCCCUGCGCCAAAACCUACAGCACCAUGCACGAGCUGGUCAACCACGUCACGGUGGAGCACGUCGGGGGGCCCGAGCAGAGCAGCCACGUGUGCUUCUGGGAGGAGUGUCCCCGCCAAGGGAAGCCCUUCAAGGCCAAGUACAAGCUCAUCAACCACAUCCGAGUGCACACGGGAGAGAAGCCUUUCCCUUGCCCCUUCCCGGGAUGCGGCAAAGUCUUCGCCCGGUCCGAGAACCUCAAGAUCCACAAGAGGACUCACACAGGAGAGAAGCCUUUUAAAUGCGAGUUUGAUGGCUGUGACAGGAAGUUUGCCAAUAGCAGUGACAGAAAGAAACACUCUCAUGUCCACACCAGUGACAAGCCAUAUUUCUGCAAAGUCAGAGGCUGUGACAAGUCUUACACACAUCCGAGUUCCUUGCGCAAGCACAUGAAGAUCCAUUGCAAAUCUCCACCUCCUUCUCCUACCCCAGGAUCUCAAGGCUACCAACCCACAGGGACACCACUGGGUGCUCCUCUAUCCCCUCUCCAGGACUCUGGCAGGGUCCGCCCUGUCAACCUUUCUCCUCAGGUCACCAAUCUCAAUGAAUGGUAUGUGUGCCAGGCCAGUGGGGCACCCAACCACCUCCAUACACCAUCUAGUAAUGCCACAUCUUCGGAGGAGGAAGAGGAGGAGGAAGAGAUUUAUAGGAACUCUGAGACAAGAACUAUUCAUUAG